AGAUCUUUGAACAACUGAAUUCGAAAGGAAGGAAGUAACAUCUAAGGUGAGGUAGCGGAUAACAUCUUCCACCGGCCCGAACAUCAUGGCUGAAGCGGAGCAACAACAAACAGCGCCAGAACAACCUAAGGCAGUCCCAAAACAGAAGGAAGUACUUGCAACUAAGGUAACUGGCACAGUAAAAUGGUUUAACGUCAAAAGCGGUUAUGGAUUUAUCAACAGAAAUGAUACCAAAGAAGACGUUUUUGUGCACCAAUCAGCCAUAAUAAAGAAUAACCCGAAGAAAGCCGUCCGAUCAGUGGGCGACGGUGAAGUCGUAGAAUUUAGCGUAGUCGUAGGUGAAAAGGGUAACGAGGCGGCCAAUGUAACCGGCCCUAACGGUGACCCAGUAAGAGGUUCGCCUUAUGCCGCCGACCGAAGACGAGGAUACCGCCAGUGGUAUUACCCGAGAGGAAGACGUGGUGGUGGACGUCGUGGCGGUAGCCGAGGCGGCGGACCGCCAAGAGAAAGCCAAAGUGAAGGCGAAUUAAAGGAUGGAGUACAAUCAGGCGGUGAAGGCGGCCAAGGUGGCCAAGGACCCCCACGUCGGUAUGCUCCAAGACGAGGACGUGGAGGAUAUUCAUAUUACAGGGGACCCUAUCGCGGACCGCCAGGAGAAUUAGAACAAAAUGGAGAUGCUCCCCGUGGUCGUCGACCCCCACGUGGCUUUUUCCGUCGUAAUUACCGUGGAGGUCGCGGCGGCGCAAGACCACGUUCCCAGGACAGCCAGGGCCAGGCUGGAGAGCUAAACGGUCAAGAAGGUGGACCACGUGGACCUCGUGGACCACGCUACCGCAGACGUGGCCCAGCCCGUCCAAGAGCCGGUAACUCUCAGUCGGAGUCUGCAGGAGGGAACCAACCAAAUACCAAGGUUCCCGAAAAAGCUGUAUCUGAUAAGACCGAAGAAAGUCAACCAGUGCAGAACACAACUACAGAGAGCAGUGCUUAAGCGUAAUCGCGCUCAAGUCCAUCACUCUAUAAUCAUAAAAUAUUUAACAACGUUAGCGCGUGAGUUUGUAAAAGUAAAAGCAGACAAAAGGCAUUUCAUGGCGAAUAUUUGUACCACUAAUAAUUUUUGUCAAUUCAUCUGU